UUGAGGUGGAGAAAUGUCGUAAGUGGUGUUACUGUCGGACCGGCUUAUUAUGUAGCAUAUAUACCAAGCCUAGGCUAAGGCGGCCACUUAAAUUCAAUUUCUCAACCAACUUUGCUCCUCCCACCCUCCGUCUCUCACAUCGUUAUGUCCUUUAGCUUUUUUGCUCGUGCUGCUCCCGCCGUCCAGCGGUCAAGGGUCCUCACCCGCACCACCCAAUCUUUCGUGAGAUUCCAGAGUACCGCGCCAGCAAAACGGGUCCCCCGUGUCCUCCCUUCGUUCUCUCUCGAGGGAAAGGUCUGUCUAGUCACUGGCGCUGCCAGAGGUCUAGGUAACGAAUUCUGUCGUGCAUUUCUACAAUCGGGAUGCACGGAACUGGCUAUUGUUGAUCUGAAGGAGAGUGAGGCGCAAGCUGCUGCUGCUGAACUGGUCUCGAACGCAUGCGUUAACAGCGACAUGACCCCGGAAGACUUCAACGUGAUUGGUGUAGGAUGUGACGUGUCCUCGGAAUUAUCUGUUCAGCGCGCAUUUGAGCAGGUCAUGGACACGUUCGGGCGGUUGGAUUCGGUGGUUGCAUCUGCAGGAAUUGUGGAGAACUAUUCUGCAUUUGAUUAUCCAUUCGACCGGAUAAAGCGCUUGUAUGACAUCAACGUUCAUGGAGCCUUCUUUACUGCGCGAGAAGCCGCUCGGAACAUGAUUCCUCAGGGAGGAGGCUCCAUUGUUCUUGUUGCUAGCAUGAGUGCAUCGAUCAUCAACAUUCCCCAGCCGCAAACACCUUAUAAUGCUUCGAAAGCAGCGGUGCGCCACAUGGCUUCAAGUUUGGGAGUUGAGUGGGCAAAGAAGGGUGUGCGAGUUAAUACACUGAGUCCUGGUUACAUGUUGACAAAGCUUACCAAAACCAUACUUGCUCAUGAUCAGGAUUUGAAGAAAACCUGGGAAAGCUUGACGCCUAUGGGCAAGAUGGGCGAACCAGAAGACUUGGCUGGUGCCAUUGUAUUCCUGGCCAGUGACGCGUCUAAAUUCAUGACUGGAGCAGAGGUUCGUGUGGAUGGAGGCUACUGCGUUAUUUAAGUCAUUCUUGGAUUUUCAUGUGCCAAAUGUUGGGAGUAUGAUCACAUAGAGCUUAGUUUUUCACGUAAAGUAAUUUGAGGCUUGUUCAUAAUACAUUGCAAUUGCACGGUUCUAGACGUUUCUA